AUGACAGCAAACGGAGCAUUCGAAGAGCCAUCAAGUGAGCCCGCUUCGCAGGUCAAACCACCCUGGGAGGAAGAGACCAGAGACAUUGAAAACAAAGAGAUCGUCCUCAUCACUGGCUCUUGCAAAGCCGUCAACGGCGAAGAAGCAAUCGCUCAGCUGGAAAGCGAGUUUCCCGACACCAAGAGCAGCGUCGAUGUUGUACAGAUCGACCUUGGCAAUAGCCACAAGAUCCCACUUGUCUUUGAGACUAUCAAGUCCAAGUUUGGCAGAGUUGAUGUUUUAGUCAACAAUGCGGGCGCAAAUUUUGACUCGUUUGAAGAAAACGAUGGUGCUGAUCCUGCCCGCGCUCGUCUUUUGUUUAACAAGACUUACAACAACAACGUGUCGGGCACUCAGGUUUUCACGGCGACAUUCAUUCCUCUUCUGUUGGAGUCCUCGUCCCCGCGCAUCAUCUUUUUGACUUCAGGCCUCUCGACACUUCACGGCACGCACGAGUCGUUCCUGUCAAAAAAUCACAGAAUCCAUCCCGAAAGGGUGGCCCAAGACGGGGAUCCCGACAGCUAUUGCGUACCGCUGCUCCAAGACUGCGCUCAACAUGGUGAUGCUGUCGUGGUACCAGCUUCUCAAGGAAGACGGGGUCCGAGUGUGGGCUGGGAGGGUGCGGGGUAUCCGGCGACGGGCGGUGAGCUUAUUCUAAAGGUCAUUGAGGGAGAAAAGGACGAGGAUGUGGGAAAGGUUGUCAGUCAAGAUGGUGUUCAGGAGUGGUAG